GACUGGACGGCAGAUGUUUCACCACCGGGACAGUCUGUCUCUGCACACAUUAUCUGAACCCUUCUGAGUUUUUUUUCUUCUUAGCGUAGGCGUGUGCUAACUUGGUCUCCUUGCGAUUUAAAAGUUACCUAAGAAGAAAGAGAGAAAGAGGAAGGGGGAAAAAAGUGGACAACCUCUUCAAACCGUCCCGGUUUUUACCGGGGAGUUGCCGUCAUCAAUACCACAGAUGUCCCCCCCUUUGCUCCCUGAAUGGAUAGGGCAGUCUUGGUCUAUGCAGCUCAUUGCAGGCCAAAAGAUUGGAAACAACUUGUGAGUAUCCGUCAGUUUGGCGUCUAGAGGGAAACGCUCAGAAAUGCCCGGCUGCUUCGCUGGAGCUCAACUCUGAGGACUUUUCUCCUGCAUUUGUGCUUUUCCAGGAGGGAGAACUCUGCUCUCAGUUUGCAGCAAGAAGGAAAACUUAGCGCUGAAGUGGCAGCUCUCACAUUAUAGUCCUCGCUAUGGAUUGUAUGUAUUUAUUGAUGUGCUUUUCACUCAGUCAAGUAUUUUUGGAGUGUAUUUUCGCAGCAAAAGCGCAUGAAAAAAUCUCUGGAAAGUUAAGUGAAUAUGGUCUUAUCGUGCCAUUCAGCACAGACUCCCAUGGCCGGUACAUUUCUCAUGUGGUCUCAGCUGGAAUUGGAAGUAAAGGUGCUGCUGCUCCUGUUGUUGAUGCUGUCUCAGGCUUUGGCAGCAGAAGAAGGGUGGCCCGCAGUGCCUCUGAGAUGCCCUCAGUCACCUCAGCGUCGGCUCAGCACUUAUUUUUCAAUGUUACUGUGUUUGGGAAAGAACUGCACCUCCGCUUGAGGGCCAACAGGAGGCUGGUAGCCCCAGGGGCUUUUGUGGAAUGGCAAGAGGACUUUAAGGAAAAGGCCAAGGAACGAAUCCAAGGAGACUGUGUUUUCAGUGGAGAUGUGACUGACAUGCCAGAUGCUUCUGUGGCUAUCAGCAAUUGUGAUGGACUGGCAGGCCUGAUCCGGACUGAUAAUGGGGAGUUUUUCAUUGAACCCCUUGAGAAAGGCCAACAGGAUGUGGAAGUGAAGGGGCGUGUCCAUGUGGUCUACCGCAGAUCAGCCAUAAAGCAGGAGACAGGCCAGCGAAGGGAAGACCUCCACAAUGAAGUGGCAGACAUUGGGAUUGCAGACCUCCCCAAAGCUCUGGAUCUUGUUGAACAUAAACUUUCUGAGUCUGAGCGCAAGAGGAGGCAUGCGAAGAAAGAUGACUACAACAUCGAGGUGCUGCUGGCUGUUGAUGACUCGGUGGUCCGUUUCCACGGCAAGGAGCAUGUCCAGAAUUACGUUCUCACACUCAUGAACAUAGUUGAUGAAAUCUACCAUGAUGAAUCUUUGGGGACGAACAUCAACAUUGUCCUUGUCCGCAUGAUAAUGGUGGGGUACCGGCAGUCUAUAAGCCUGAUCGAACGUGGCAACCCAUCUCGCAGCCUGGAGCAGGUGUGCCGAUGGGCCAACACGCAGCAGCGCCGCGACCCUGACCAUGCCGAGUACCAUGAUCACGCCAUCUUCCUCACAAGGCAAGAUUUUGGUCCCGCAGGGUAUGCUCCAGUGACGGGGAUGUGCCACCCACUGAGGAGCUGCACUCUGAACCAUGAGGAUGGCUUCUCCUCUGCCUUUGUGGUUGCUCAUGAAACCGGCCAUGUGUUGGGUAUGGAGCAUGACGGCCAAGGGAAUCGUUGUGCUGAUGAGACCAGCAUGGGUAGCAUCAUGGCACCACUUGUCCAAGCAGCUUUUCACCGCUAUCACUGGUCACGUUGCAGCAAGCAGGAGCUCAACAGAUACAUCCACUCCUAUGACUGCUUGUUGGAUGAUCCCUUUGAACAUAAGUGGCCCAAGCUUCCUGAGCUCCCUGGAAUAAAUUAUUCAAUGGAUGAACAGUGCCGCUUUGAUUUUGGUGUUGGUUAUAAAAUGUGCACUGCUUUUCGAACCUACGACCCCUGCAAGCAGCUGUGGUGCAGCCACCCUGACAACCAGUACUUUUGUAAAACUAAAAAAGGUCCUCCUGUGGAUGGAACAGAGUGUGCACCAGGAAAGUGGUGCUUCAAGGGUCAUUGCAUCUGGCGUACCAGCCAGGAGCCUCAGGGCCAUGAUGGAAGUUGGAGUUCCUGGUCAAAGUUUGGCUCUUGCUCCAGAACAUGUGGAGGUGGAAUUCGCUCCCGCAGCAGACUGUGCAACAAUCCUCCACCUGCCUACGGUGGUAGAGAUUGCCCCGGGUCUGCGUUUGACUACCAGAUGUGCAACACAGAGGAGUGUGCAGGCCCUUACGAGGAUUUCCGUGCUCAGCAGUGCGUCCAGAGAAGCAACAAAUACCAUAAAAACAUCAAGCACACCUGGCUGCCUUAUGAGCACCCAGAUGAGGCCCGUAAAUGUGAGCUGAGCUGUCAGUCAAAGGAAACGGGAGAGGUGGUAUCUAUGAACCAGGUGAUGCAUGAUGGGACAAGAUGCAGCUACUUAGACCCAUUCAGUGUUUGCGCUCGAGGAGAGUGCCUGCAUGUAGGCUGUGACAAGGAAGUUGGGUCUUACAAGCAAGAGGAUAAAUGUGGAGUUUGUGAAGGAGACAACUCUCACUGCCGCACUGUGAAGCUGACACUCACCAAGACCCCUAAAAAGAACGCUGUGAAGAAUCAAGUAACUGGAAACUUCAUACUGAAUGAAAAAAGUGAAGAUGCCAAAUCAAAGACCUUCAUUGAAAAUGGUUUACAGUGGGAGUCCAAAGAGACAUUGAUGCAAUCUUGCUGGUACAUUCCUUGUGUAAUUUUAUAUCCAUUAGGCAUACAGUACACCAAAUAUGGAUGCAGGAGGAAGAGUGAUAGCCGUUUGGUGCAUCGUAACUUUUGUGAAACCGGCAAAAAGCCCAAACCCAUCCGAAAACGCUGCAACACCCAAGACUGCAGCCAGCCCACGUGGGUGGUAGAAGAGUGGAGUCCUUGCAGUAAGACCUGUGGAAAACUCGGGUACCAAACCAGGGUGGUGCAGUGCAUGCAGGCGCUUCACAAUGGUACCAACAAAGUGGUCCACAGCAAACACUGCACUGAUGAACGUCCAGAGAUAAGGAGAGCCUGCAACCAUACUGUAUGUCCUGCUCAGUGGAGGACAGGAGCAUGGUCUCAGUGCUCAGUGACCUGUGGCGAAGGCAUUCAGCAGAGGCAGGUGGUAUGCAAGACCAGUGACAACACCAUUGGAGAAUGCGAGGGCGAGAAACCGGAAACAAUCCUCAUUUGCAAAUUGGGACUAUGUUCAGGACAUCCAGGGUCUUCUCUCGACGAACAAAUAAUGGAAAACUCUACAAUAAAAGACGAAGCUGUCUAUCUAAGAGUUCCAGAAAACCCUGUCCAAAAAAUCUCUUCAAAUGAGCCAUGUCUGGGGGAUAAAUCGAUUUUCUGCCAAAUGGAAGUCCUUUCCCGGUAUUGUUCCAUCCCUGGAUAUUAUAAGCUUUGCUGUGAGUCUUGUGACAAGAAAGAAAGCCUCACUACCCAUGUUCCUGACUUUCACACCCCAGUAGCCUUAGCUGAACCUGACAUCUCAGCUCUUUCUCAUCCUGCCUCUUCCAAGCCACCUCAUGUCACCACAACACAGACCCCGCCAAAAACCACUAAAGCCAUCACUCGACGGCGUCUUUUCACUACCCCGGUGCCAACUACAGCUGCCACUUCUCAAACUUCACCACAGACAAAUGCUGCUCCGCCCCAGCAUCCCACCAGCGAAUCCUUUCUCACUGCUGGAAAGAGAGAUUCAGAUGCUGGGCCAGUUCUACCUCCGGGGCCGCCACGGCCUACAGCAGACUCAAGUGGAGGUGCCUCUAAAGAGCACAGCCCAAACAGCACUUUAGGCCCAGCUGCUGCAAGAUCAAGAAGGGACACUUUAGGAUCAGAGAGGGACUCCAGUCACAGAAACUUGUCGGCUCAGAAAUGAACAGUGAACAAUGUUGUGAAUGUGCUGUUCGGUGAAAUGGUCUCAAACAUCAGCACACCCUUUGCAGUAUGUGAUUUACUCAAAGUUUUUCUUUUUUUUUUUAUUAUUAUUAUUAUUAUUUUUCUGUCCAUGAUAGUGAACUUAGACCAGCCCAGUGGUGGUUACCUCAUCAAAACUUCAGAGCGAUCUGGUGCACGGCGUCGCUCGGCCGUGUGUGCUUCAAAUAUGAAAUGGAGAAAAAAAAGUUUAAACAAAGGUGCUGUAAACUAAAAUGACUUCAAAAUGUGAUGACUGCAUUGCUACAUUCAUGUUUUUAUCUGUGUACAGUUGUGCAAGCCUGUUGUUUUUUCAAGUGCAUUAGAACUACUAUUAAACUCGUGAACAUAAGGAGGUCAUAGACUAUGGUUUUGGAGGUGCACGUGCCAGCUAUGGGGUCUGGAGUGUGCCACCAGAAUAAUUAUAAACCUUAUACUGUAUUUAUAAUAUAGAGCUACAUUUUUUAAAGACAAAAAAAAAAUCCUUAUCCCUGUGUAGUGUCAUUGUCUCUGCCAGAUGCCAUUUUAUGACAGCUUUACCCACAUAUGAAAUGCAAGAAGUAGCUACAGGACUGGCAGGUUAGCUGUUAUGUUGUACAUAAUAGUUAUUGGUCUAAACUCAAAAAGCCCUGGCAAAAAAAGUCUUAUGUAUUAACCUGGCGUAUUCUAUCAAAUACCAUGCUAAUUCCAUUUAUUUAUACAGUAUCCAUCCAUAUUCUUCCACUCUUCUAAGUUCGGGUUGGAGAAGAAGUAGUUUAAUCACAAACCUCCCUGGCCCCCUACUCGAGCUCAUUUGGAGUCCCAGAUGAUAAUCCAUCCUGAUAGGGCUCCUUCUUGAAAUUGACAGCUCCCUUUAUCCCCAUUGUUGCCACAACAGGUGCCAACCGACUUGCAGCCACAGCUCUGUAAAGCCACCUUGGCAAAGGAGAUGUGGAACAGUCUGUUCGGACUAAAGUCCCCUGCCUCCUUUGAACGUUGUCAAAGUUUGAGUGGGAAAGGAAGAUGUCAUAUAUUAGGGCUUCUAGCAGAUAUUCUGAGCGCACCCUCACUAAACAUCUUGGAAUGCCGGGCCUGUGAAGCAUCCUCCCUUGCCACAGGAUCCAACUCACCACUAGGUGAUGAUCAGUUGACACCUCAGCUACUGUUGUGACUAAGUUGCUAGCUAAAGGCCUAGUCAAACAUUGCAGGGAAAUACAACCAGGCAUCUACUGAACUUUUUUUUUUACUUUAAAAAACUCAAUUUGUGUCGGUACAAAGAUUAUGAGUGUCAAUUUAGCUCCAUUAAUAACAAAAGAGCAAUAGCUUGAUAAAUGUGCAUAUAUAAGAUAUGCUAAUUAGCCAUGUGGUCAUGUCGCUUACCCUCGAUCUGUUAUGAGCUGCUAAUCUCGGCUCAACCAGUCUGGUAAAAACUGCAUUCAGGUAAUUCAGGUAAAGAGUGAAUUGGAAUUAAAAUACUUGACAUGAUCUAAAAGCAAAUGAACUUAAAUGAUUAAAAACAAGUAUUUAAAGAUAGAAGCUAAAUUCAGAGAGUCAUUACACCAAAUUAUUAUUUAACCAACUGUCAGAUUGUCGGAUGUUCUUACAUUUCUAGCUGUUUUUCCUCCUAGCUUGAUGUUUGUUUGUUUUUUAACAAAUUGAAUAUGCUUAUUAAAUAUACAUCCAAGACAAUGGUAUAAUCGUAUUACCUUACUAACUGAUCACAAUCAAGCACUCUUGAAUUCUACAGUUAUCCUGGAGGUACCCUCCAAACCUCAUGCCAUCACUCCUGGCAGGGAGCUCAGUGGCUUCUCUAUCCCUGGUGCUCUUUUUUGGUGUCCGACAUACCGCUGAUUAUCCUCACUGACAGGAAAAAUCAUGACCGUUUGCAAGCCAUCCCCACUGUAGCAUGCCCGCUGUCUGUUUUUGUGGACGUCAGUCAAUUAAUGCUUUAAAAUGCUUUUCAGAAUAUAACGCAUUAUGAUAUAUAUUUUUUUUGUAACUGAUGUUUUUCAGAUAAUAAUGUAUAUAGUGUAAAUUUCAAGUUAUGAAAAGUUGUGUUGCAAUUGCAAAAUACAGGCCAUGCUGUCUACACUGUGGUUGGGCGUACUGUUACACCAGUCCUGCAUUGCGGUUCAUAACGUCAUUAUUUUUAUUGUAUAAUUCUUGUAUAUACGUACCUAAAUGAAAGCUUUAAUGUUAAUAUUUAUUGAAUUUUUAAGUGGUAUGGUGAACAAAGUAA